ACCACCCACCCAAAUACCCCACAAAAAGUCUCAUUCAUUCUCUUUCCCCCAAUUUACUCCCACAAAACUUUAUAUAACCACACCAUCAUCUAAUCAUCCCACUCUUCCCCUCAUACCUCUCUUCUCUUCCUUUCAUACCACAAAACACAAAUCUCUCUCUCUCUCUCUCUCUCUCUCUCUCUCUCUCUUUCUCUCUUAAUGGGUCUAAAUAACCAAGAUGCAAGUAACAAUCCAAGCCUUCAACUUAUUCUAGGCUUAGCUCUCACUCUUACCAAACAAGACACACCACCAUCAUCCAACAACGUUGUUACAAAACCAUAUUCAUCAAGUAACAACAAUAACUAUGAAACAGAACCAUCUUUAACGUUGGGUUUAUCCACUAAAAGUUACUAUGAAGAACCUCUUGAUUUUUCAACACAAACAAAUUCACCUCAUCAUAGCGUUGUUUCAGCUUCCUUCUCUAGUGGAAGAGUGAAGAGAGAAAGAGAUGUUAGUAGUGAAUUAGAAAUGGAAACAACUGAAAUAGAGAGAGUUUCUUCAAGAAUUAGUGAUGAAGAUGAAGAUGGUGCCACUGCAGCUAGAAAAAAGCUUAGACUUACCAAAGAUCAAUCUGCUAUGCUUGAAGAAAGUUUCAAACAACACAGCACUCUUAAUCCUAAACAAAAACAAGCUUUAGCCAGAGAGUUAAAUCUAACACCCCGACAAGUUGAAGUUUGGUUCCAGAACCGAAGAGCUAGGACAAAGCUGAAGCAAACAGAGGUAGAUUGUGAGUUCCUAAAGAAAUGUUGUGAAACAUUAACAGAUGAAAAUAGGAGACUACAAAAAGAGGUGCAAGAAUUGAAGGCACUAAAAUUAGCACAACCUUUGUAUAUGCCUAUGCCAGCUGCUACUCUUAGUAUGUGUCCUUCUUGUGAGAGACUAGGUGGUGGUGGUGGCGGCGGUGUUAACGGUGGUUCUUCCAAUAAGAACAAUUUCUCAAUGGCUCCUAAGCCUCACUUUUAUAACCCCUUUACAAAUUCUUCUGCAGCAUGUUGAUUUGUUACUAAGAAAAAUAUGAAAAAAAAAAAAGAUAAAAGAAGAAAAAUACAAGUGUACUUUCCCACACAACCUUUGUAUUUUUUUGGUUGCAGGGGAAAGGUAUGUGAAGAACUACAGCUAGUUUGUGAAAGGGUGUAAUUAAUUAAUACUGUAGAAAUUAGUAAUUGAUGAUCAAUAUUACUUUUUUUAUUUAUUUUAUUUUUAUUUUUGUUAUUUUAUUUUCUUUUGUUGUAUGUUUGUAAAUUCUUAUAGUAGACAUGGAUCUAUAUAUGAAGGUAUAACUAUUUUUUAUUAA